UGCUCCAUCCCAACAGCUUCCGGUUCCGCUCUGCAUUACAGACAGUAAGAUGUCUUCUCUCGGACGCGUCUCUCAGAUGUUCCUCAGGUCUUCUCUCUCUCAGAGCCGGCGUCAGCUCUCUGCUGCUGCUGCUGCUGCUGGAGGACACUCCGAGCAGGCAGCCAGGACAUGGAAGAUCCUCUCUUUCGUGGUUGCCCUACCUGGUGUUGCGGUGUGCAUGUUGAACAUGUACUUGAAAGAGCAGCAGCAUACCCAUGAACAGCCGGAGUUUGUCCCUUACUCCCACCUUCGCAUUCGCAGCAAGCGUUUCCCUUGGGGAGAUGGCACCAAAUCCCUUUUCCACAACCCACACGCGAAUGCCCUACCUGACGGCUAUGAGGGCCACGAUGAAUAAACCCUUCCUCCAGACCUCAUAACUGGCACAGGGACCAGUCCUCCAUCAGCAUUUGUUACUGGACCACACUUCCAUUACAUACAGUACAACUCCUCAUUUUUGUUGUUUACCGCUGUGCUCUCAACAUGGGGCACCCGAGCCAACAGUUUCUUUACUCUGGACCAUUAAGCAAAAUGUCAGACUGAUACUGAAUUAACAUAAAUAAAAUAAUAUUAUUACCUCAA